AGCCGAAGAUGUCGGCUCGGUCAUGUGAUCAGCUGUGUCCAAUCAUAGCUGAUCACAUGUGACAUGUACACAGAUCAUCAGAGCACUGAUGAUCAGUGUGCCCUGAUGAUCUGUGUAGCCCCAGCAGUGCCACCUGUCAGUGUCCAUCAGUGCCAGCUGUCAGUGCUCACCAGUGCCACAUUUUCAGUGCCUACCAGUGCACAUCAAUGCCACAUAUCAGUGCCGAUCUGAGCUGCCUUUCAGUGUCACCCAUCAGUGCCAGUCAGUGUGCUGCCUAUCAGUGUGCGUCAGUGCUGCCUAUCAGUGCCCGUCAGUGCCGCCUAACAGUGCCAGUCAGUG